AUGUAUCUGCAGGCAGAAUCCAGGCGUCAGAAUAUUCCUGAAGAAAGCUUGUAUGUGAAAUGUAAUGGGCGACUUGUUAAUGAUGAAGAUGCAUUGCAGAAUGGAGCUGUUUAUAGUCUGGAACCAAGACUCUGUGGUGGAAAAGGAGGGUUUGGAUCUAUGCUGCGAGCACUUGGUGCUCAGAUUGAAAAGACAACAAAUAGAGAGGCUUGCCGAGAUCUCAGCGGAAGGAGACUCCGAGAUGUCAAUCAUGAAAAAGCGAUGGCUGAAUGGGUGAAGCAGCAAGCAGAACGGGAAGCAGAGAAAGAGCAAAGGCGCUUGGAAAGGCUGCAGCGGAAACUUGCAGAGCCAAAGCACUUUUUUACAAAUCCAGACUAUCAGCAGCAGUGUCAUGAAAUGGCUGAGCGACUAGAAGAUUCAGUCCUUAAAGGAUUGCAGGCCACUUCAAGCAGAAUAGUGUCAGCAGAAAGUGGCAAUAGCCGGAAGCGUCCAGGUGAAUCUGGAAAGAAUGGAGCAAAAUCUCGAAAAAGAAGAUGUUUUUGGCUGGGAUUGGAAGGAUUGGAUGAUCCUGACAGUUCAGAUUGUGAGGAUGACAGUGAAGAUGACUCCCCUCACACAUCUGACGGAAGUUGUCCGUCAGGCAGCAGAUAUAAUGAAAAUGCUGGAAACUCAAACGAAUGUUCUAGCAGCUCUCUGGAUUCAGUAGAGGAUAGUCCAGCUACCAGUGCAAAUGAAAAACCACCAGAGCAGCCAGAAGGUACUGGAAGAGAUCUGCAAGGAGAGACACACACAGGUGGGCAGACUGAAAUCCCAGCUGAAGAAAGCAGUAAAAUUACAAAGCCCUUGAUGGAUGAGGCCCAAGAAAAGAAUGAAGUAACCCAGGCUCUGAAAGAAGAGAAGCAGGAAAAUGUUUCUUCUAAGGCACAGGAAAUGAACCAGUUACAGAGCACAGAGGUGGAACUAAUAGACCUACUGGCAUUCAACUCUGCUGCUGAAAUGGAAGCCCUGGGUUUAGACAAACUGAAGAUGCAAUUGAUGUCUUUAGGACUGAAAUGUGGAGGCACUUUAAAGGAAAGAGCAGCAAGGCUUUUUUCAGUGAGAGGUCUGUCUAGAGACCAGAUUGAUCCUGCCUUAUUUGCCAAGCCAUCUAAAGGGAAAAAAAAGUGAUUCAACAGAAAAUUAUUUUGUAUCCACUUGCUUUUAAAAUUUUCUUAUUCUGUUGUCAUUCUGUACUGCCAUAUAUAACUCUGGCAUUCCUGGAUAGUUUGUUUCUAUUUGUAAUGAAGAUCAAUAAACAUAACACAGAGGAAGUUGCUAGAUAGCAAGUUAGUUAUACAUUCAGUAUGUUCAGUAUUUAAGGAGUGAAACUACUAUCUUUUGAUAAGCUUUAAAAAUGGUUAUAACAGGUCUUAAUGCAACAAGUAGAAUAAACUGUUUUUUGGAAAAUGUUUGUAUGACACUGUCAUUGCUUAAGAAAUCCAGCAGUACUUUCUUAGCUUUGUAUUGAAUCUCCUUUAUUGUGUAUUCCAGCUAGCACAGGUAGUUGUCAAAUGAGAAACACUGAACUUAUGAUCCAGGCUUAAAAGCUGAAGUUUCUUUAAAUAAAAACAUUUUUAUAUGGAUGUGGUCAGUAUAAAUUAAUACACUGUUCUGUGAGUUUGUGGGAUGUCAGGUAUCAGUAUGAUAUAAAUUAUUAAUGUGUCUAUUUUAGAGGAAGUUAAAUAAGGGUAUUUACUUUGCUCUGGAAAAGUAGCUGAGUGAGGGAAGAGAGAAUCACUUAAGAAAUUAAAAAGAACACAGUACACUUGCUGGCUGCUGAGUGAUCAUCUGAAGCUGAACAGGAGAUUUGGGGUGUUUUUUAAUUCUCUCCCUAUGGUAAAAACAAUGGCAGAGUCUCCCAAGGACUUUAAUUAACCUCGAGCAGCAUCUGUAAUCUCAGUGCUGGGAGUUAACCCUGCGAGGUGGUGAGGGCCCCUUGCUGGAUGGGCUGCAUGUUCACAUGACUGUGGGUGCAGCUGCCACUUCUGUGGUUUGAGAUGCUUUUGAAAAGUGUUUCGUUCAGUGGCUCAGAUUUCAGUUUUUACCACCAUAUGUUGGAGAAUGUUGUUUAUGACCUGCUUGUCAGAUUUUAUUGUAGAGAUGCUUGA